CGCAUUUACUGGGUAAUGAUCACAAAGAACAGUUUGAGCAGAGUUUUCGAAUAUAGUUCCAUGGAUGGUUGUACAAGACAGAGGUGGAUAAUUUCCAUAUCAAAAGAAAAAAGAAAGAGGUGGAUAAUCGACAUCAUAUAACAAAGAGGUGUAGUUGAACAAGUAGUGUCUGCUGCAAAAAGAUAUACAUAAAUUAAGGGACAUGGGACGUCUGAAGAAAGCCGUGGUUACUGGUUAGAGAUAAGGCGUUCAAGGUUUGACAGCCUCAGGCUUCAUUCGUAGCAGUAUGAGCACGAUGAUGGGCUGCUCAUUGCAAUUGCGACUGCCUCCUUCUCCUCCUCCUACUCUUUGCUAUUCCUCCUAUUCCUUUUUACUGCCAACAACCGCUGCCAAAUCACCAACUUCAAGAUGCUACGGUUCUAGUUCUACUACUAGUGCUGCUGCUGCUGCUCGCAAGAAAGGCAAACAGGUGAAAGCUGUAUUACAGUCCGGAGCAGCCCAGAAACCAGAGAAAGAAGUUGAAGAUGAAGAUGAUUUUCAAGUCCUCACAGCCAUCAAGACCGCUUACAACCACAUUAUAAUCCUGGACACUCCCAAGUCAAGGCUUCUGCUUCUCGACUCCACUCAUAAUGUUCACAGCAUGCUUAACAAAGGAACUAAGUGGACUGGUUCAUACUGGGAUGAGUUUGCUACAUUGCCACCUUUGCUUCCACAGGGUCCCAUUGCAAUCUUUGGCUUGGGUGGAGGAACAUCUGCACACCUGAUGCUUGAUUUAUGGCCUUCGUUGCAGCUGGAAGGCUGGGAGAUAGAUGAAAUUUUAAUAGAUAAAUCAAGGGACUACCUAGGCCUGUGUGACCUCGAGAAGCACACUGCGGAUGGUGGAGUACUUAAUAUUCACAUUGGUGAUGCAUUUUCUCCAGAUGCGGCUAUUUCUGGUGGAUACGCUGGAAUCAUAGUUGAUUUGUUUGCAGAGGGAAAGGCUUUGCCACAGUUAGAACAGGCUGCUACUUGGCUGGAACUCUAUGAUAGAUUGAUGCCUAAUGGCCGCUUUAUGGUGAAUUGCGGUGCUGGUGAAGAUAGAUUGACUGCUAACAAUGCGGUAUCUCAACAUGAUGGUUCAUCAAUAGAUGGCACUUGGAAGCUAAAUGCUACCAUUAGGGCCCUAUGUGAAGCAUUUCCUGGACAGGUGAACUGGAAAAAGAUGCCUCAAAGUGCAUGCGAGAACUAUCUUGCUCUGACUGGAUCGUUGCCAGAUUUGUGUACCUGGAGUGAUGCUCUCCCUAACGAACUCAAGUCAAGUGUCAAUCAGUGGCGGGCUUGUUAACAUUCAUGACAGAUGAUGGGCACUAAUUACUGGUGUGAGCUUCACUCUCUUGACAUCAUUAAUAAGGAGGUUCUAUUUGUAACUGGCUCGCGCAGCGCUAAAAAGAUAAUUAAACUGAUCUAUCCAUUGUCCCUCUGCAAGUCAAUUAUCUGAUCUCAGAAGCUAGAAUCAUUUAUAUACAACCAUCAACCAUGCAUCAUUAAUCUGAUGUUUUACAGGACUCUUUCCUAUGAUCUUCAUUCAACUUAUUAAUUUUUCUAGCAGAAAAUGGGAAUAUAGCUUCUUAUGUUUGGUGUAUAUAAUGGACAAGAAGUUGGUGGUUAAGUUAAUUAUGAAAUUGUUGGAAGCUGAUUGAUAUGUUUCUGGUA